GUGCCGCACUCGUAAACGCGUAUCAGGCGCGCACCGUUGUGACGAGCACGGAGGAACACACGGCUACAUGGACGCGCACCAUGCGGAGGCCACUUCCCCGGUGCUUCGAGCCCUGCGCCGGCUCACCAGCGUCGCCUACCACCACGCCGGCUUCCGCGUCAAGACCUCGGACGCCGAGAUUCCGUUGGUGCCGUCUCCGCCGUUGGUGCGCCAGUCCUCCGUUCAACGGCAGACCAGCGCGGUAGACGAUGAUGCUUCGUCGCAACGCUACCUGCUGUCCCGGGGCGGCAUCCGCUUCUGGAAGAACUUCGCCUACGAGGUGGAGGCCCGGCCGUACAUCCGCGUCCGGCACGACAUCGACCCGGACCAGGUGUCCGGCGUGCUGGUCCAGGAGUGGCUGUUCUCGGCGCCGCGCAUCGCCCUGGUGCUCAUCUCGCACGUGGGCCCGCUGGGCGACUGGGCGGACGCGAGGCGGCUCGAGGGCUUCCGGCGCGGACUGCUGCGCGCCGCCAACGCGACGCCCAUGUGGCUGCUCACCAACGGCUUCAACACAGGGCUCGCCAAGCUGGUCGGCGACGCCGUGAGCCACGAGCUGCGCCGGCGGCAGGCGCUACGCUGCCACAAGCACCCGAACCGCACUCGCGCCACCCUGCCGCCGCUGCGGCUGGUGGGCAUCGUGCGCGAGGACAUGCUCGUCAACGCCGACCUGCUCGACGGACGGCAGGCCGACGUUCAGAUCGAGAACGAGGGCAACCGGCCAGAAGAAGGCAAGUUCGAGCUGAACCCGGACCACUCCAACUACGUGCUCGUGCGGGACGAGACGGUCAACCGCACGGGGCUCAACCACUUCGUGCUGCGCCUCGAGCAGCGGCUCAUCAACCUCUCCGACCAGGCGCCUACAGCGGCGUCCUCUGGCGGCGGCGAAAAAGAGGGCGGUGGCGCAGAGCUUCCGCUCAUCGCGUUGCUCGUGUCCGGGGGCGACGGCUGCGCUCGGCUUGUGCUCGAGCACCUCAAGCGACAGCUGCCCGUGGUGGUGUUCGAGGGAAGCGGGGGACUCGCCGACCUGCUCGCAUUCGCCUACCGGGAAAGCCAGCGAAGGAGUCCCGCCGUGUGGGACCCCGAGUUCGUGGAGAACUUUCUGAAACCCGAGCUGGCCUCGAUGCUGUGCCUGCUAUACCCGGCGUACCGGGACAACGCCCUGGCCCGGAACCUGCUGCGAGACCGCAUCGUCGAGUGCGCCCGGCUCUCCUGUCAGUCUCGUUGCCUCACACUGGUGGACAUCCGAAGCCGCUCCUGUGACCUGACGCGCCUCGACGAGAUCCUGCUGAACGCAUUCUUUAAAGCCCAAAGGCCCGAGAGGAUCUUGCGCUACAACCAAAUGAAGAAGGACCUUAUGCUCACCAUCGACUGGAACUGUCCUGAUGUGGCGAUGUCGCAAGUCUUCUUGAAGGAUCCGUCUUGUAAAUUCCAGGUGGACCGAGACAUCUUCGAGGAGGCCCUGGUUCGUCCAGGCCGUGAGGACUUCGUGCAUAUCUUCCUGGAGCGGGGAUUCCGCGUCCACAAAUACCUGACGCCCAGGAGGCUCAAGCAGCUCUUCAAGAAAGUCCAGGGAGAGCAGUUCUUCCGCUCUGUCUGCUGGGAGGGUGCCCUGGGACGCAGCCCCUUCUCCAAGCUGGGCAAGCACUUUGUUGACACCGAGCUGAACUGGCUGAUCGAGACGCUGACAGGCCUGCACAACUUCGUGGACAGCCAGGAACUGUCCAUGAACGCGGCGGGCAUCUACACACUGGACCCCGGCGCGGCCGAGCGCAAGGCCUUGGCACUGCUGGCGCUCUGGUGCGCGUUUACGCAGCGCACCGCGCUGGGCAAGCGCCUGUGGCAGUGCUGCGACCAGCCCAUCCACCUGGCGCUACUGGUGUCCAUGACGUACGGACGGCUGGCCAACCUCGUCCACGAGGGCAACACCAAGAAGGACCUGUCGGACGCCUGCGAGGAGUUUGCGAGCAUGGCAACGGGCGUUCUGGACUGCAGUUACCAGGAGGCUACGUGCCGCGCCUACGACGUGCUGAGCGAGGAGAACCCGGACUGGGGACACCGCACCGCCGUUGACAUUGCGGCACAGGCCAACAACCACAAGUUCCUGGCGCACCCGUGCUGCCAGCGCUGGAUCACCAACCUCUUCAUGGGCCGCAUCAGCGUGCGAGACCUCACAUGGGGACCCCUGGCGGUACCCAUGUGGCUCAAGAUCAUAUUAUGCGCUUUUCUAGUUUUCCCAAUGUACGUAUGGGUCCGCUUCAAGUCAGAUCCUCAUGAAAUGGAGUACAAGGAAGAGCCCGACGUCGAAGAAGAAAAAGAUGACCGGGAAGGCGAUGAGGAUGUCCUGUUGCAGGACGGGACUCGAGCCAUCGACAUGCUGCCUCAGCAGCAGCAAGAUUCAAUGCCAGGGCUGACGUCGGAAAUGAAGGUGUCCUUCCAGCCCGAGGUGGUGACGACACUAUUGCGUGAGCGGGAGCUGUUCGUGCCGUCUCCUCCACCGCUCUGGAACAUGGUCUAUCAAAUGUGGAGUGCACCCAUCACUAAGUUCUGGACAUUUCAGAUCUUCUACAUCGUGUACCUGGCACUGUUCAGCGUAGCUGUGCUAUUGCCUUCAUGUGGCAAUCGGUACGUGGACAUGGCUGUGUGUGCCUGGACUGCCCUCAUCGCGCUUGAGUCGGCCAGGAGGACAUACUGUGCUGCACAAGGUAUGCAGAACGUACCCAUGUUCCUCCGCUGCACAGAGGUGCUGCUCAUUGCGGCCUUUGUAGCUGUGUACGUUGUGGCCAGAGUGCUCGGCCCGACUCCCAUCUUCAGCCCGUACAGCGUCAAGGUGGUGCUGUGCGCCGCACUGCUUGGAUUCUACUACCGGCAGAUAGUCAUCUACCUGCCCAUAUCGCCCACCCUUGGCCCGCUGCUCUACAAAGUGCGCCUCAUGGUGGCCGAGGACUUUGUGAACUUCAUGCGCAUGGCACUGCUGGUGAUCAUCAGUGGCGGCAUUGUGGCACAUGCGCUGCUGUACCCGGACUACCCGUUCAACCUGGAGCUGCUCAGGAGAACCUUUCACCGCGCAUGGUUCUCCCUCUUUCUCACGCCCAUCUCUGACCUCGAAGGGGAUCCACGUUGCUUUCGGCUGAGAGCUGCUGCCAAUCGCUCAGCAGAGGAGUGCCAAAUCAGCGACUACACUGACUACACCUGCGCCAACCCGGGGCUGUGGCCUUACCUCUUCGUCAUACAGUUCCUCGUUCUUCUCAAGUUGGUCUUGCUGACACUUCUCUACGCUCUCUUCAGCCACACGGCGCAAAAGAUCGAGUCAGCGUCGGACGACAUCUGGAAGUUCCAGCGGUACAAGCUGGUUGUGGACUUCAUGAACCGGCUGUGCCUGCCACCCCCGUUGAACGUGUUCAGCUACAUCAUCGCUCUUCUGCAGUUCCUCUGGCGCCUGCUCACCUGCCACUUCUGCCGAACCACGCACCAGCUGGACGGCCACGCCGAGCUGGUCAAGUCACAACUGCGGCUCUCUGAGAAGGACUACAACUACUGGAAACACCUGGCAUCACAGUACAGCCAGAGGCAGAGCGAGGAACGUGACCUCGAGGAGAAGAAAAAGAAGCAGCUGGAAAGCCUGUCAUUCUUUCUUGAAGAUAUGGACAAUCAGCGACACACCCUCAGCCUUCUCAAGGGCCAGAUUCAAGAACUGCAGAGGACGGUCGGCAAAUCCUUUUCCUAUCUGCAGACACUCAAGAAUGCGACUGACCGACCUGGAGAGAUGGGUGGUGCGCUGCCGGGCGCUGUGCACGUUCUCUCUCGCCGGAGCCCGUAUCCGAGCACGCGUGUCCUCCGCUACCCGGUGCCGGACAAGUACGUCGCAUGGCAGGUACUGUGGCUAGAGUACGACCCUGUGGCCUACAGCCGGCCACGUACCGACUUCCCCGCACACCUGCAGCCACACGUUGACGAGGACAUUCUGGGGCUAAAACUGGCCUCUGACGGCGGUCCCGUGCCAAGCUUUGCUUGGAACUCGGUGUCCACAAGCCCCGCGGGUGUCAGCAUCAACCGCCAAUCGUGGAUCCGCGAUACUGAUGGCCAACCCAUCAUCUAUCGUCUUGAUGCGCAGGGAAUGCCCAUGAAUCCCGUUGGCAGGACGGGACUGCGAGGACGUGGAGCCCUGCCACGUUGGGGCCCGAACCAUUAUGUGCUCUUCAUCAUCACCAGAUGGCAGAGGGCCAAGGUGCACCUGGUUGGGGGCAGGGGCCUCGAGGUGGUUCUUAUGCGCGUCUUCCGGACGGACCAUUUUAGCCUUCCAGGGGACUUCGUACCUGGAGAGGGAAAAUAUGAGACACUGAAGCUACUGUUCAAGCCAGAGACGGUGCCCAAGUGUGAGACCGAUGACGACAUUAAGGAGUUCUUCCGGAGCUCCUACGUGGAAGAAGAAGGCACAGACGAGCCGAUGGUCGAGUGCAGGCAGCGGGGCUACAUGGACGACCCCAUGAACACGGAUCACUGCUGGCGAGAGAUUGAGCUGUGGAAUAUCCACUAUGAUGGUUCAGAGAACCUGCAGGACAAGAUGCAGAACCACCUGCUGUGGCGGCUCGUCACAGAGGACCUGUUUACGAAGCUGCCACUCGGGCAGUCAGUCCUGCUGCAUGAAGUGACCAAGUCUCUUCAAGCGAGCAUCAUCUAACCUGACUGCUGUCACUAGCCUCCUGGUGCCUGUCCUUGAGGAGCAUGAUUCCUGGCUGUGAUCAUUACUACCUGUGUGACCGACCCUGCGGGGCUCUUGUAGCACUCGUGUUCUACACUGCGACAACUUUUUCUCAUACUUUAGAGAUAGGCAAGCUCUGCGGUGACGCCAUUCAUUGUUGAAUGUGCUUUGUUUGCAUGGAGGAAUAUUUAAUGCUUGUUAUAUCUUUUGACAGGAGUGCUCAAGGACAUGCUCCGCUCUUGUGCUGUAACUUAAUGUGAUACGUUUCUUGUUAUUGUUUUAUGUUUACACCAACGCAUUGAGGUAUAAUUUUCAUAUAGAAUGGUAUAGCAUCACUGUAUGACAGGCCAUUUGCUAUAUGUCUAUUUAUGCAUGUGAUAUGCGCUUCAAGCGAUGCUGAUGCUGCUGAUACUUGAAUGCAAGCACAGAGAUGGACACAUGGUGAAAAACGAGCAGUGUUGCAUCUUCUGCUUAGUGUACUAGAGUCUAGGCUUGCUACGUAUUCGUAAAUUAUAGAGGACCACAGCAUGUAGAUAGGUGCUAAUAAUCAAUAUUAAUGUAUUGUCACCCUACAUUUUGGGCAUAGACGUGCUGAGAUCAGCAUGUGUGUAAUGUGUGGCAGUAAUGCCCUUUGUUAUUUUUGGCAUUUGUGAGUAUUACAUAACCAUUGCUUCCAUACAAGUGUACAUUUGCGUACGUGUGUCACACAGUGAGCAUUUUGUUCACAACACGUGUUGACAUCUUGUCCAAUGCCUCAGGGUUACGUUGUUAUCGUCUUGGUAAGAUUAUAACUGUGGUAAGACUUUGAAAUAUGUACUUAGCUGUCUACAGCUUUUACGUUUCUUCUUGCUUUUUCUCCAUGGCAUGUUAAGAAUUGAGUUUUAUAUGUGCACAUUAUGGGAGUGAUAUCUUUUGUUACAUUGUUGAUGGCCUGGGAACGUCAUUGUUUAGAAAUACGGACUGUGUCAUAGUGAGCAGCAGUUGGCAAACAAGAAAAGCCUCAGCCUUCACUUAGUCAUCAUCUUCCUGUGGCCCCUUCAUGCUGUAUCGUGAUAUGCCAUGAUAGCUGCUCAUGGUAAGUGAACACUGCUUGAAGGCAGCGACAUUCUCUUAGAUUGUCCUCAUGUCAAGGACAUGGUCGUCGGCAAGCAAAAUGUCCCAAAAAAUUUUAGUUUAAUCCAGCUAGCAAGUUCUUCAAGUCCAUAGUGAAUGAGGGAAAUUCAAAGGCAACCAAACACUUAUUACUCUUCUGAACCAAGUAAGCAAAAUCACACAUGUGUGAUCUUGUGAAAAAAUGCACAUAGGUUAUAGUUUUCGAAGACCUAACGAAAAGUAGCUAAUUGUUUAACGAGAUAAAACAUUUGCACGUCAUACAUCGCCUUUCCACAGCUGUACUUCCUGCCAAAGCUGUCCGUCCGCACAUGUCUGCAACAGUCAUCACCAUCAUGUUGAGUAUGACACUUAUUUGGGAACAGCGAACACUGUCUUGUCUCCAAAAAGAAAUCAGUAUCAUGUAUCAUGAUCAUGUAUUAUAAUUGCGAUAAAACAAAAUAUGAGAGCUCGAUGCAAAGGCACUGCAACCGAAUCUGGUACCUUUCCCUUUGCAAAGUUGCCUUCUAGCCAGCUUCGCCUCGACAGCUUUCUUACCAAUUUCUUUAGCUGCAAACCACGAACGCUAAACACAACAGUAGCUCAUGGCCACCCAUUUUGGCUUGCAGCACAGUGCACGAGACAGCAUGCAAAACACUCAUAAAUGAACACUGACAGAAGGGAAGUGAAAGCAGUAGAGUUGGUGGUUGCAGUGUAAGAAGUGCUUCGAUGCAUUGGCCUGACGAACCUUAGACAUGUCAUCAGCGUGUGACUUAACAGAUGUAUGCUGUCUGAUGUGCAGCUCCUGAAAGUUGUGCUCAAGUAUCUGAAACAUUUUAAUAGUUCUGGCUCGAAAGCUUUUGGGACGGUAUCAGAAGUUCCAGCAGAUCGAAGGUUGGUGAGCACUGUUUACCUGCACAAACACAUAAUGCCAAUCAGUCUUUCACAUUUUGCACGCUCGGGUUGCCAAUGCAGAACGCUGUAGAAUCAUGGCACGCUUGUAUUGUUAUUAAGGCAUGAUGCCAAAGAAUAAUUUUUUCUUUCUGUGUGUUUUGAUACUGUAUGUACGGUAUGUUUAGCGAUUUCAUGCAGUACUUCACAUCACUGAAACGUGGGUCACGAUUUCUGAUGUUCCCAGGAGUAUACACUUGGAUGAUUUUGGAUGUUUUAUGGUAUUGCUUGCGCUGCAUUUGGAGCUACAACAAUCACAUUUAUUGUCUUGUGUGUCAGGGUGACGUUUUUCUGUGCGGAACUUGACCUGCGCCAAAGGAGUGAGCUGUUUCUCAUAUGGCAAUCAGUUUCGGUUUAUGCGGCGGUAACCCAUUCAGCUCAUCCAUGCGUAAGGCAGAUUAGGAUUUAUGGCGAGAUGUUUUCUCAAAAAAGGAUAAACAAAGAAAAAAAAUCUAAGGACACUGCAGAAAACUGAGUUUGGUCAUUGUGCCAAAAUAAUCGGCAUGCAUAAACAUUUGUUAAGUGGUCUCACCGCAUUCCCUAAACUAGAAGUCCCAGAAUUUUUUAAUGUAAUUAUUCAUACGUGGCUAGAAAAUACUAAUGUUGGCUCUGGGUGCCCCUGCAAGAAUCAGUUUUCAACUGAAUAAUGCCCAUUACAAUUGAAUUUAGGUGAUACUAUCGGGGUUAAUCUAAAUUUCAGGGUGAUACGUACUUUGAAGGCGUUCCGACUAGAUUGCAUGAGUACAGUGUGUUCUGACUACAAUGCUGACUCAUGUAGUUGUGGGCGCUACUUAUUGCUGACGUGCCGCGAGAUCUGUCAGAACCGUAGGGAGUACGGCUAUGACAUACAGUUGUGAAUUCAAUGUAGUAUGGUAUUUCAUGAUUCUAGCAGUGACCAGCAUACCUGAAAAGUGCCGACCGCAAUGUAUAGUGAGUGAGAACUGGCAAAGUUUAGGUACGUGAAGAAAUAAGCGCGAGUUGUACGCACUUCAGAAGGGCCUCCUCAACAGCAUUGAGGAAAGAAAGAUAAGCUCAUCCAUCAAGGACUUCAAUUGAAAGUAAUCAUGAGAAAUAUUCAACGCACACAAUUUUAUCUUCACUUUUGUGCUGUGAUAGUUGCUUGUUAAAGAAAAUACAAAUGCCAGGGUAUACAAUUAUUUUCUGAGGUCCCUAGAAACUUGUAUAAUCAAAAUUCUGCAAUUCCUGGGAAUAUGUGGCUGCUGCUACAUGGUAAUUUUUGUCAUAUUGAAUGGCCAUGGUUUGUAGUGUUUCAUCACAACAUCAUCACAGUUUUGUUGUUUUGUUAUACACUGUAGGAUCCAAGUGACAUCGUUAUUAUUUCCAUUAUAGUAUACAUUCUUGGUGGUUCCAACUGUGGUUAGUGUUCUGUGGGCAGAAUGUGACAUGAAGGGGGGAGGGGGAGAGAGAAAUAAGGAUAUUUAAGCUCUGGAAAACCACUGCAAGCACCACAAUUUCUCCAGAUCCUGACUUGUAGACUGCUCUGUGCACUUGAAGGGAGAAGAAAGUGGUGUAUAUUUGUGUGAAAUUUUCACUGCAGUGAUAUUCUCUAAAUUUUUGCAUGUUUUAAACCAAUAGCAGGUGAUGAUGAAGCAGUAUUGCAGUUUUUGUCAUAAGUACUGCAUGCGUUACUGUCUGGUAGGCAUUUUUGUGGCAUGUAUGGAAGCUACAUUUGUAUAUAAUUUGAACACAGAGAUCUGAUUUGUUUUCUCCCAACUAAAUGGCAUUUCAUCAUCUUGUAUGAGCAAAAUAGCGAAGCCAUGGCUUGAUUACUUAAGUACUGUGUGAUUGAAGAACUAUGGGAGAUUUUUGACAUGUUUAACUGCUUGAGCGCAAGAUGGUGUUCGUCACCUUUGUCGACAUAAUUCUUUUCUUCACGUUUCACUCAUUUGCUUUACAAGGUUAUUGAUUUAUUUUCUUUUUGUCAUAUACACACAUUGCGCUUGUGAUCACUUGCCUGUUUACAUUUUUUAAUAAAUAAGCAAGAACCUCGAA